AUGGACGAGACCAAAUCAAAGACAGAAGAAAAAUGCAAACGCCGCACUAAACCUACACCCAUUUGCUGUGAAACUGGAGAUCACGUUCAUUCCCCUCCCACGCGCCCACCCAAACCCACUCCCCCUCCUCCUCACGCGCCAUCCCCGACCAUCGAAUCCCUCCUCCAACUCUCACCCAAGCCCCACUACGGCGAAUGCAGGAAGAAUCAGGCAGCAAGCACCACCACCACCACCGCCUACGACGGCUGCGGAGAGUUCGUCAGCGCCAAUCCCGCCGAAGACUCUUUAAACUGCGCCGCAUGCGGCUGCCACCGCACCUUCCACCUCCAGGAACCUCUCUCCGACGGCGCGAUCCUCGAAAUUCUCAAGAUCUCGCCGUUACAGUUCCGCCAGAUCUUCUGCUCUCCUUACGGAAACACCGAAGAGAGGAUCGUGACGGAUCGAUCGAACGAGGAGGGAGCGAAGAAGAGGGUGAAGAGGAGGUUCACGGAGGAGCAGAGGGAGAAGAUGAGGAGUUACGCGGAGAAGGUUGGGUGGAAAGUGAGCACUGAGAGUAGAGAGAGAGUCAAGGAGUUUUGCGAUGGGAUUGGAGUGACGAGGAAGAAUCUUAGAGUUUGGAUGAAUAAUAAUCAUAACGGAGUUAACGGACGACGUUUGGAUGAGGAGGAGGGGAGAGUGAGGAAGAGGUUUAAGACGAAGUUCACGGCGGAGCAGACGGAGAAAAUGAGGCGUUACGCGGAGAAGCUGACGUGGAAAGUUAGGGCUGAGGAUAGAGUGGAGACUGAAGGGUUUUGCGGUGAGAUUGGAGUUAGUUGGAAUAGUUUUAUGAUUUGGAUGAAUAAUCACAAGGAGGAAAGGGACUGA